CGACCAACACUCUUUUUUUUCCAUUCCAGAAGUGACUGCGGUGUUCGUCUCGCCGUUUCGAGACCGGACAGUGAAAAAAGUGCAAUUUUCGGGCAGGAAAAUGACCAUCUAAACUGGUCAUAAGUGGUAGGAGACUACAGUGAUUCGGUGUGACUGAAUUAAAGCGCUGCCGGAAGCGUAAGCCGGUUAUAUUUCCGUCGGAGAAAGGAAGGCGAUCGGGGGGAUAAAUUUUCUUCUGAUUGGGUUGGAAAAUCCGGAGGGGGUGCGUGGAAGGAGUAAGGAGAAAGUGUGAGGCGAAAGAAUGAAUCGUCCGGGGAAGAUAAACUAUCGUAAGACGGCCGGCUACUCGAGCCUGAUAACAUUCGCCGUGCUGCUGUUGGCUUGGCUAUGUGGAUUCUCGAGCCGGUUGUUUGCGGUGAUCCGAUUCGAGAGCAUUAUCCAUGAGUUCGAUCCUUGGUUCAACUACCGUGCCACGGCACAUAUGGUUGAGAAUGGGUUCUACAACUUCCUGAACUGGUUCGACGAGUCGGCAUGGUAUCCGCUGGGUCGUAUCGUCGGUGGAACCGUCUAUCCCGGAUUGAUGAUCACCUCCGGCGGUAUCCAUUGGCUGUUGCACAUGCUGAACAUUCCGGUUCAUAUUCGGGACAUUUGUGUCUUUUUGGCACCGAUCUUUAGCGGACUGACGGCCAUCUCGACGUAUCUUUUGACCAAGGAGCUGUGGUCAGCCGGUGCGGGUCUGUUUGCCGCUAGCUUUAUUGCCAUCGUUCCCGGAUACAUUAGUCGUUCGGUGGCCGGAUCUUAUGAUAACGAGGGCAUUGCUAUCUUUGCUCUUCAGUUCACCUACUACCUCUGGGUGAAGUCUGUCAAAACUGGAAGCGUUUACUGGGCCGCAUGUGCCGCGCUGUCCUAUUUCUACAUGGUUUCCGCCUGGGGAGGCUACGUGUUCAUUAUCAAUCUGAUUCCUCUGCACGUAUUUGUCCUGCUCAUCAUGGGACGCUAUUCGCCUCGACUGUUCACGUCGUACACAACAUUCUACAUUCUUGGCCUGAUCCUAUCGAUGCAAAUUCCAUUCGUUGGAUUCCAACCGAUUCGGACGAGCGAGCACAUGGCCGCAUCCGGUGUGUUCCUGUUACUUUUUGCAGUGGCAGCGCUGAAACAUCUGCAGACGGUACUGUCCAAGCAGGAAUUCAAAAAGCUCUUCAUCAUCGGAGGUCUGGCGGCGGCUGGAGUCGUUUUCGCCGGUGUCGUCAUGCUGACCAUGCUGGGAGUGAUUGCUCCCUGGAGCGGUCGUUUCUACUCGCUUUGGGAUACUGGCUACGCUAAGAUUCACAUUCCAAUCAUCGCAUCCGUAUCGGAGCAUCAACCGACGACGUGGUUCUCGUUCUUCUUCGAUCUGCACAUCCUGGUUUGUACGUUCCCGGUGGGUCUGUGGUACUGCAUCAAGAAGAUCAACGACGAACGGGUGUUUGUGGUGCUGUAUGCCAUCAGUGCGGUUUACUUUGCCGGUGUGAUGGUUCGAUUGAUGCUUACGCUGACCCCGGUCGUUUGCAUUUUGGCAGGAGUUGCCUUUUCCGGAUUGUUGGAAGUGUUCCUGAAGGAGGACGUUGCACCGAAUAAUAAGGAUUCCGAACAGGAGGAGGUUGCCGGCGAGACGAAGAAAAUGUACGAUAAGGCAGGAAACUUGAAGCACCGUCCGAAGCAUGAUAGCUCGGCGCAUGGAGCUCAUGGCGAACAGAAUGCCGGUAUGGGAUCUAAUCUGAAGAGCAUUGUGAUUGUGGCUAUUUUGAUGCUGUUGAUGAUGUUCGCUGUGCAUUGUACGUGGGUGACGUCGAAUGCCUACAGCAGUCCCUCGAUUGUGCUCGCCUUCUACAACAGCAAUGAUGGAACCCGCAACAUCCUGGACGACUUCCGUGAGGCUUACUACUGGCUGUGGCAAAACACUGCUCCGGAUGCCCGUGUCAUGUCCUGGUGGGACUACGGCUAUCAGAUAGCGGGUAUGGCCAAUCGAACUACACUGGUGGACAACAACACGUGGAACAAUAGUCACAUCGCAUUGGUGGGCAAGGCCAUGUCCUCGCCGGAAGACAAGGCCUACGAAAUUAUGACCUCGCUGGACGUCGACUAUGUGCUGGUGAUCUUCGGAGGCGUGAUCGGGUACAGCGGAGACGACAUCAAUAAGUUCCUGUGGAUGGUGCGGAUCGCCGAAGGGGAGCACCCGAAGGACAUCCGCGAGAGCGAUUACUUCACCGAUCGGGGAGAGUUCCGAAUCGAUGCCGAGGGAGCGCCAGCCUUGCUGAACUGUUUGAUGUACAAGUUGAGCUACUACAAAUUCGGCGAGCUGAAACUGGACUACAGAGGUCCAGCCGGGUACGACCGCACCCGAAAUGCCGUCAUCGGUAACAAAGAUUUCGAGCUGACCUAUCUGGAGGAAGCCUAUACGAGCGAGCACUGGUUGGUGCGCAUCUAUCGGGUGAAGAAACCGCACGAAUUCAACCGGCCGUCUCUGAAACAGGACGAACGGGUCGUCCCGGCGGGUGACUUCGUGUCACGCAAGACCUCCAAGCGGAGGAAAGGUCUCAUCAAGAACCGUCCGGUUGUGGUCAAGGGAAAGAGGAACAAGUAAACUCCCAGCAACCUUUUUUUUUUAGUAAUACCUACUACCAACUACUACUACCAACCAUUACUACUAUCGACUGAGCGAGAGAAAGCAAGAGUGGUGUGUCCUUUCGUGUGAUUCUAUAUCUGUUGUACUUCUCUGUAGACAUAUUUCUUGUUUGUUUUUUUACGGAACCACUAUUACUGUGACACACAGCAGGUGGUAGAGGAGGGGAGAAGAGAUCAAUCAAGCAAGACAACCCCUCAAAGUAGGUAAGAAGGAAUAUAGUACGGUUUAACGUUUUCUCAAAUUCCGGGGUCGAAACAACAUCUGCUCUGGAAAGUUAGGGAGAAAGUGUAGAGCAUUUAGUAGGCAUCAGGAUUUCUUCGUUUAAAAGAAGCUAAUUACCUAGUUUCGAUUUCCGGUCGGUUUUUCCUUUCAUAACUCAGUGGAAGGCAUCUUCAAGCGGUAACAUUCGCAUAAUAUGAUGGGGAAGAGAAAGCCAAAUUAUCACCCCUAUUCUGUAUUCCGUUCGAAACAGAUUUCCCAUGCAAAAAGAAAAUCGUAUCGGAAAUCCGUUUCGAACGGAUUAGGGGAUAGGAUCAUAUAUAUAAUAAUCAAAAAUUGGUGAUACACAAACAACUAUUGAUUUACUUUUAUUUUUCUAUGGUUAAAUUGAAAGACCCGACUCUGACGGAAAGGUAGAUUAUAGAAAUAUUACACAAUCGAAUCGCGUUUACCUUAGGUUAAUCACUUAAUCCAAUUUAGAGCGGCGCACCUUUUUGUUUGUUUUGUGGGAUAACAAGACCAAACCGCAUCUGCUGAAGGGAGGAAAUGGUAGAAUGUUUAUCUCAUUUCGUUUGAUUGUUUUACAACCAGUUCUAAUUGUCCAACAGCAACCAAUAGUGGAAAAUCAAUCGAAUCCGAUCGGCAGGCGGCGAGGGAAGGGUCGUGACUUUGCACCGUUUGUUGCACCAUGAACCAUGAUGAGAAUGCUAGGACAGUGUUCUUGAAUACAUUACCAAUAAUAUCACGAUUCCCACAAUGAUACAGAGAUGCAGCAGGCAGCAAAAAUAAAACAAUAGAAUAUCUUGCGUGCAGGAGUGAAUGUGAAGAAAACAUUAUGGAAAUUUAAGCAGUUGCAAAUGGCGAAUCUAAACAAUAGAAAAACACAGUUUCAGUGAAAA